AAAGUCAUUCGCUAACAACAACAAACUCUUGAGUAAACAAAACAAUCUCUCUUUUUAGGCGCAGAAGAGAUCAAUCCAUUAAUGGCGGAUACGAUCUCAAACCCAAGCAUGGAACCUCUAUUCUUCUCUGUAGAUCCAAUGUCUCUCAUUCUCUCUCAAAAUUCCGACACACAUCAGCUUAAACUCUUGUUAGACGGUUUAUGCGGAUUCGAGAGGGGACCGAGAUACGACGAAUACUCUCGAUUGCGUGAAUCAAAGCUUCGCAUGAAACGAGAUUUCCAGAAAUUUCUCGACGAAGAAGAAGAAGAAGCAGAGCCGAAGAAGAAACAAGUGAGGUUCAAGGGUGAUUCCGUAAUUUCACGACAAGAAGAAGAAGAAGUUGUAGUUACACCGGAGAAGAUAAAAAAGCAGACUCGGUUUGGGUUUUCUCCGAGAAAGGCUCCAACUUCUUCUUUGGCUCAGUCUGUUCCUGAUUUCUCCGCCGUGAUACGUAAAGAAAACCGCCGUCCGGUUAACUACAACACUACCCCUCCGCCCCUGUCUUCGAAGAGCAGAAACGGCGGCGUUUUGACGGGAUCGGCUUCUUCUUCCAUUGCCGCCGCGAGAGGGAGCAAAUCGGCGAAUGCAGGGGAGAAGAAGAGUAAAGGGUUGAUGGUAAUGGCGCGGAAGAGCUACGCGAACGUUGAGGAUCUUAAGAAGAUAUCAAUGGCUGCCGCUUCGGCUAUUAAUGGCGUCGGAGCCGGAGGGAGAAAAGUCGUUGGCGGUGGCCGGAGCAUUUUGGGUUACCGACAAGUCUACUGAUGCUUUGAUUUUUUUUCCCGCGAGUUUGUUCUUUGUUCAGUUGUAUGCUUUUUGAUUGAUGAGAUGAAAUUCUUGAUUUGGUUUUCUUUCUUUUACAUUUUUUUUGUUGUGUUUGUGAUUGAUUUGUUUGUAGAAAAUAAACAUACAUUCUUGAUUUUAAACUCGUCUGAUUCUUUCAAUCAGUUCUCCGCGAGACAGGUUUCCGUUGUCAAAU